ACACAACUCAUUUACACUGACUAAUAGGAGUGUAGACAGACUCCUGUUGCUUUACAAAUAUUGCUUUAAAAUUGACAGAUUUUCCUCUUCAGUUGGCCAAUAUUUAUAUUAUUUUACAGUUCUUUAGUUAGUAAACCUUCAAAAACCAAAAAUGGGGUCAAAAAGAAGUGUUUCCUCAAGGCACCAUUCUCUCAGCUACUAUGAGAUCAUGUUUUCAGCCCUGUUUGCCAUGUUGGUGGUGCUCUGUGCCGGAUUAAUUGCAGUGUCCUGGUUGGCAAUCAAGGAAGCGGGACGAGAUGCGGCACUUGGACAAAGUCAUGAAGCCAGAGGGAAAUUUAAAAUAACAUCUGGAGCAACAUAUAAUCCUAAUUUGCAAGACAAACUCUCAGUGGAUUUCAAAGUUCUUGCUUUUGACCUUCAGCAAAUGAUAGAUGAAAUCUUUCAAUCAAGUAAUCUGAAGAAUGAAUACAAAAACUCAAGAGUUUUACAAUUUGAAAAUGGCAGCAUUGUGGUCAUAUUUGACCUUUUCUUUGCCCAGUGGGUGUCAGAUGAAAAUGUAAAAGAAGAACUGAUUCAGGGCAUUGAAGCAAAUAAAUCCAGUCAACUGGUCACUUUCCAUAUUGAUUUGAACAGCAUUGAUAUCCCAGACAAGCCAACAACAAGCAGUCAUCUGACAACUCCAGGAAAUGUCUCAGUAGAGUGCCUACCUGGAACAAGGCCUUGUGCUGAUGCUCUGAAGUGUAUAACAAUUGAUUUAUUUUGUGAUGGACAAUUAAACUGUCCAGAUGGUUCUGAUGAAGACAAUGAAACCUGUGCUACAGUUUGUGAUGGAAGAUUUUUGUUGACUGGAUCUUCUGGGUCUUUCCAGGCUACCUAUUAUCCAAAGCCUCCUGAAUCGAGUGUUGUUUGCCAGUGGAUCAUACGUGUACAUCAAGGACUUUCCAUUAAAAUCAACAUUAAUUCUUUUAGUACAUAUAAUACAGAUGUACUGAAUAUUUAUGAAGGAGUAGGAUCAAGCAAGAUAUUAAGAGCUUCUCUUUGGGAAACCAAUCCUGGCACAAUAAGAAUAUUUUCCAGCCAAGUUACUGUUGCCUUUCUUAUAGAAUCUGAUGAAAAUAACUACAUUGGCUUUAAUGCAACAUAUAUUACGUUUAACAGCAGUGAGCUUAAUAAUUAUGAAAAAAUUAACUGCAAUUUUGAGGAUGGCUUUUGUUUCUGGGUCCAGGAUCUAAAUGAUGAUAAUGAAUGGGAAAGGGUUCAGGGAAAUACCUAUCCUCCUUUGACUGGACCAAAUUUUGACCACACUUUUGGCAAUGUUUCAGGAUUUUACAUUUCUACCCCAACUGGACCAGGAGGGAGACAAGAAAGAGUGGGACUUUUAAGCCUCCCUUUGGAUGCCAUGAUGGAACCAGUCUGCCUUAGUUUCUGGUAUUAUAUGUAUGGUAAAAAUGUCUAUAAAUUAAGCAUUAAUAUCAGCAGUGACCAAAACACAGAGAAGACAAUCUUCCAAAAAGAAGGAAAUUAUGGAGAAAAUUGGAAUUAUGGACAAGUAACAUUAAAUGAAACAGUUCAAUUUAAGGUUGCUUUUAAUGCUUUUAAGAACCAACUCCUGAGUGAUAUAGCUUUGGAUGACAUUAGCCUAACAUACGGGACUUGCAAUGAGAGUCUUUAUCCAGAACCAACUUUGGUCCCAACUCCUCCACCAGAACUUCCUACGGACUGCGGAGGGCCUAUUGAACUAUGGGAGCCAAAUACAACAUUCAGUUCUAUGAACUAUCCAAACAGCUACCCUAAUCAGGCUUUCUGUGUUUGGAAUUUAAAUGCACAAAAGGGAAAAAAUAUACAACUUCAUUUUCAAGAAUUUGACUUACAAAGUAUUAAAGAUGUAGUUGAAAUCAGAGAUGGCGGAGAAGAUAAUUCCUUGCUGUUAGCCGUGUACACAGGGCUUGGUCCAGUAAGCGAUGUGUUCUCUACCACUAAUAGAAUGGCUGUGCUCCUCAUCACUGAUGACACAUUGGCAGGAGGAGGGUUUAAAGCGAACUUCACUACCGGCUAUCACUUGGGGAUUCCAGAGCCCUGUACUGAAGACCAUUUUCAGUGUGAAAACGGAGAAUGUGUUCCACGGGCGAAUCUCUGUGAUAGUCAUGCACAGUGUUCAGAUGGCUCAGAUGAAGCACACUGCGUGCGUCUUUUCAAUGGCACUAUGAACAGCAAUGGUUUGGUACAGUUCAGAAUUCAGAGCAUAUGGCAUACGGCUUGUGCUGAGAAUUGGACCACUCAGAUUUCAAAUGAUGUGUGUCAGCUGCUGGGACUAGGGAAUGAAAACUCAUCAAGUCCAAUGUUUUCUACCAAAGGUGGACCAUUUGUUAAGUUAAACACAGCACCUGAUGGCAACUUAAUGCUAACACCCAGUCAACAGUGUUUACAAGAUUCUGUAAUUCUAUUACAAUGUAACCAUAAAUCUUGUGGAAAAAAACUGUUGGCUCAGGAUGUUACCCCCAAGAUUGUUGGAGGCAGUAAUGCCAGAGAAGGGACCUGGCCCUGGGUAGUUGCCCUGUAUUAUAAUAACCGCCUGCUCUGUGGUGCAUCUCUCGUCAGCAGUGACUGGCUGGUGUCCGCCGCACACUGUGUGUAUGGGAGAAAUUUGGAGCCGUCUAAGUGGAAAGCAAUCUUAGGCUUGCAUAUGACAUCGAAUUUGACUUCUCCUCAAGUAGUAACUCGGUUGAUAGAUCAAAUUGUCAUAAAUCCACAUUACAAUAAAAGAAGAAAGGACAAUGACAUUGCCAUGAUGCAUCUUGAAUUUAAAGUGAAUUACACAGAUUAUAUACAACCUAUUUGUUUACCAGAAGAAAAUCAAAUUUUUUCUCCAGGAAGAAAUUGCUCUAUUGCUGGCUGGGGGAGAAUUAUUUAUGAAGGUCCUACGGCAAACAUAUUGCAAGAAGCUGACGUUCCUCUUCUAUCAAAUGGGAAAUGCCAACAGCAGAUGCCAGAAUAUAACAUUACUGAAAAUAUGAUAUGUGCAGGCUAUGAAGAAGGAAGAAUAGAUUCUUGUCAGGGGGAUUCAGGAGGACCGUUAAUGUGCCAGGAAAACAACAGGUGGUUCCUUGCUGGUGUGACAUCAUUUGGAUACCAGUGUGCACUGCCGCAUCGCCCAGGGGUGUAUGCCCGGGUCUCAAGGUUCACAGAAUGGAUACAAAGUUUUCUAUAUUAGAAUGUUUUUAAACCAAACAUGAAAUUUGGAUAGUGUUCCCAUUCUACUCUAAAAAGCAUGAAAAUCGAGAGUUUGGGGGGAAAAAAGUUACCAGAAGCCUUUAUUCUUACCUAAGACAUUGAAAUUCUGGGCUUCGGAGAAACAAA